AUACCAAGGCAUCAUGCCAGUUCGUAAUACGUCCCGAUGGUGAUGCCUUUCCAACCCUAUAUGUAUUUGCCUCUUCCUUCCCACGGCGCUCCACUCCUUCCCCUCCGCUCCCCUCCUCACCGCCUCCGGUUCCCCUCCCUUCCCAUGGCGCUCCCCUCCCCCCGGCCGCUGCCUCCCUCCUCUCUGCGGCACGCGGGACUGCGGUGCCAUGGCGCAGCUACAUGGGGCCACGGCUUCGGGGCGGCAUGGCGCAGCGCGCCGCAGACGAGGAGGGGGCCACGGAGUGAGUGGCAUAGCGCGUGGGGCCGGCAAGGUAGCUCGCGGGGGCCGGCACGAUCAGUAGAUCUACUUGGCUCGUGGUGCAGGGAACGGGCCAACGGCGUGGCGAGCGAGCAGACAGCGCGGCGAGCAGGCCGUGGCACAGCCAACGUUGCAGCAAGCAGGCCAGCGACAUGGCUCGCAGGUGGGGGCGGCAGUGGAUCUGCGCGGCGGUACAGCUAGUGGGGCGACGGCGCAGCAAGGAGGGCAGCCGGCCAGCGGGGCUAGCCCUAUUUUUUCUUCUUUUUUUGUUUUGUGAUAAGAGCAGCUAGUUCUAGUCCCGGCAGUGAUGCCCCAACCUAUCACCAUCAAUAUAAAUCUAACACCUCCUAAAACCGACAGUGAUGGCUAUUUUGAACCGGUGGUGAUGGUGACGCUGGAGCAGUGGUAGUAGUGACAAAUUGAGAGAAACGAGGAUCUUCGGUGCUGUGGCGGACGCGCAGUACCUAUAUUUGGUUGAACUUUUGUCUCGUCCCAUCAUCGGAACUGCUAAGCGAAUGCUGAACCAAGUAUGCUGCAGAAACAAGAAGCAAUCAGCUACCACACCACAGCGUAGCUACGAAGAAUCAAAUGAGGAACCUCGUGCCUGCUGCAAUAGGUUUCCAUCCCUUGGCAUGAAGGAUGCAACCAUGAUGCUGAUCAAGAUAGGGUUACCGAUCCCAUUGGUUCUCGUUGUACUUCACCCGGUGUUUGUCUUGUUCAACAUAGUGGCCUCGUUCGUGCGCCUCUGGCGCAAGGACUACGGCCAGGAAGCUAACCUGAAACCAGCAGUGGUGAUCUUCUACUCUCUAGCUUUCAGUCAGGGUGUGCUCUACCUGCUCUGGCUCAUCCUUGAUGUCGGGAAAGUGCUGCCAGUGAGACUAGUGGUCCAGAAGUAUGGGUUUCACGGCACCUGGGGCACACAAUAUGUCCGCCGGUACCUUAUUGACACCAAAUUCAAGUGCCUCAAGGACCUGUCUGCUAUCAAAGGAAGGAAUCUGAUCACAUAUGCGUCCGGCUUGCUGGAUUCAGACUACAUGAAGGACUACCUGUGCGGAGAAAGGAUUCUGGUCUACUUUAUCGAGAGAGAGAUGCUCCCCAGGCAAGAUCUGAUCCGCUCGUCCAGGAAAAGGAUUCAGAAACUGAUCAUGAUGCUGUCGUGGACAGACGAACAUUACCAAGAGAUCAGACUGCUAGCCUCAAAGAUCGUGGCGCAUGUUGCUGGCCACGUCAGUAUUGCUCAGUUUCCAGGGACUCUGGAAAGCGUCUCUUCCCUGCUCGAUCCAUCCGAGAACAACCAUAUCUUAUUCCGCUCUUCAUCAUCACCAGGGGGAAAUGAUGCUGAUCACACCGUGCAAAUCAAUAUUGAUGAUGCACACGGCAGGCAGGAGUGCCAACUGAUCGAGCAUGGCCUCAUUAUCCUACACAAGUUCACCUUGGACACAAACAACUGCAUAGAAAUGUGUAAAUCUGAUGUUCUGAUCAUGCAUAUCUUGGCGUGGAUCUGUUCUAAACCAUUCAUCCCAGUCAAUGAGCAGGCUGAGUGGAUAGACAUACUGACACGGUCCUUCAAGGUGUUGAACCAGCUCACAAGUGUUCGUGGACAGGCUGGAAAUGAGGUGCGUAAAAAAGUCAAGUUCGAAUUGGAACCAUCAUGGAUCUAUGGCUAUGGGAGUCACCCUGAGAUACAAAUGCUAGCCAUAGACCUUCACAUGCAGGUUUUCCUCAAGCAUUUCGAGGAGCCUCAAGAAUUCAUAAUUAACAAUUCGAACUCUGAUAAACAUAAAAAAAAAAAACCCAGCCCGAAGUCUGACAAAAGGGAGAACUUCCUUAUGGUAAUUUUGAACAUCUUCCUCUCCUAUAAAGACAUGGAAAACGAGGGAAUAGGUUCAGUUGCCUCACGGAAGGUUCAAGUGAAAGCUGGGGAAGCAAUCGCAAUGGUCUCGGCAGAAGAAAAGAAUUAUAAAGCUAUGUUGAAGGUGAAAGGAGGUAUUGUUAGAGAACUUUACAAUAUAAUUUGUUCGGAGAUUGAAAUAGAAUACAGAGCCAUCGCGGCAGAUAUAUUUAAGCGUUUUUACGCCAACACUGUUAGGGAACCUAAGGAAGUACUUCAAAAGGUGCUCGAUCUACUUCAGACCAGUAUGGAAUCAGAAACAUUAGGGAAUGGUGAUCUGCCAGUUUAUCCUGAUUCUAGCAAGCAUCCUGAUUCAAAGUGUAAUCAGCAGAAUUAUGUUAAGAGACUGCAGGCAGCCUUGCUGCGCAUAAUUUGCGUAAUACAUCGUAGUCGACAAAUCACAGCAAAGGAUUUAGUUGACGUGGUUGGUUCUGUUUCAUACAAAUCUGGUUAUGUGGGGCUUCUCAAGGAGUUGGUAGACAGGAAUAAAAGGGGAGCCACUGCUUACCCUAUAGAGAUCGUAAAGUGGGCUGCAAUGAUAGUUGAUUUGAUGAUACAGAGCAAAACCGAGUUAGUGCAACAAAUAAGGGAGAAGGGGAUUGUCGACUCGCUGAUUGAGGCAUCCAACAUCAUGUCAGGUGUCGAUAGCUGGACGAUAUUCCGUCAUAUUCAUCGACGGGGGCUUAUGUGGAAUCAAACCUUGGCAGAAAUUGUGAAAGACAUUAAAAACAGAACCUACUGAACUGCAGAGAAGAAUAAGCUGUGCUUCGAGAGCGUGGAAUUAGUCUUAGGAAUUUGCGUUUCAGUUGCUUGUGUUAAAACUAUUCAGUUUACUGUUAUGUACUAUUUAUCGAAGGCUGAUCCAUUGACUUCGUCUGAAACUCUGCAUUUGAUACAGAAUAGUUCAGGGUGAACGCUAAGGAUCAGUUCAUCAGGCUAUAUGCCUGCAUGAUUUGGUGAACCUACGAAAAAAUGGUAGGCAUGCGCUGAUCAAAAUAUUUUCCCUUGUACUGUUGUGCAAGUUUACUUGGAAUAAUAUGAUGUCACUUGCCUGCAUAAUAAA